AUGGAAAUUUCUGGGGCCCAAGAACAGCAGCAGGAUUGGUCUAUCUUGGAUGCAAGCAUUGAUGAGCUCCUGUGCGCACUUUCUGAAGCGCGCUUGACUAGUGUUGAGUUGGUUGCCCGCUAUCUCCGUCGUCUCAGCGCAUAUGACUCUUCUGGCCCCAAACUGAGUGCCGUCCCAAUUCUCAACUCAUCUGUAAUGGAAGAGGCCGCCGCCUCGGAUUCCAGAAGAGCCAGCGGCCUGCCACCCAGGCCUCUUGAGGGAAUUCCGUUUCUCGUCAAGGACAACAUCAAGGUCCAAGGAAUGACCGUCGCUGCUGGUGCUCCAGCCUUUGAGCAUCUGAUUGCCACUGAUGAUGCCGCUUGUGUAAAGGCUUUGAAAUCCUCUGGAGCUAUUGUAUUGGGCAGGACAAAUAUGCCAGCCAUGGCGAAUGGUGGCAUGCAGCGUGGUGUAUAUGGACGUGCAGAAAGCCCAUAUAACUCAGAUUUUCUGACAGCUGGCUAUGGAUCAGGCUCUUCGAAUGGGUCUGCAACUGCGAUCGCUGCCAACUUUGCAGCUUUCAGCUUAGGUACUGAGACGGUUUCUUCAGGACGAUCUCCGGCAUCGAACAACGCCCUUGUUGCUUAUACGCCCUCGCGGGGCCUUCUUCCACUGGCAGGCGUGUGGCCGCUCUACCCGACGUGUGAUGUUCUCGUCCCUUAUACGAGAACAAUGGGAGACAUGCUACUUGUCCUCGAAACUCUUGCUAGAGCCGAGAAUGAUGCCCUGGGAGAUUUCUGGAGGCAGCAGCCUUUUAUUCAGCUGCCGAAAAUUAGCCAAAUCCGACCGCAAUCAUUCCAAGAGCUAAAGAACGAACACGGACUGAAAGGAAAGCGUCUCGGUGUCCCCUCUAUGUAUAUUGGCGGGGCAAGUCCGGUGCCUAUAUCCACACGGCCUUCCGUUCUGGAUCUGUGGAGUAAGGCCAGACAGGCAUUAGAAUCAUGCGGCGCAGUUGUAGUGGAGGUCGACUUCCCACUCGUUACGCACUACGAAGACUGCGAUCAAUCUACCGACCAAUGGGCGAGGAUUGACAACAUGCCUAAGGAUUGGCUUCACACGGAAAGGCAUGAGCUUAUCGCUCACGCGUGGGAUGACUUCCUGGCCACAAAUGCACAUGCCGACUGCCACUCUUUGAGCUGUGUCGACCCUGAUUCUAUCUUUCCUCUCCCGCCUGGGUCAAUUCCAGGCGAAUUAGAAGCAGACAACCAGUUGGAUUGGACGGGACUAGUUAACUACCCGAAGAACAAACCUUCAUCUAUGUUUCAGCUUCCCGGAAUGGAAGAAGGCCUGAAGUCUUUGGAGGAUGCAAGAAGACGCACCUUGGAAAAAUGGAUGGAAGGGUUGGGGUUGGAUGCGGUGGUCUUUCCAGCAAAUGGUGACGUUGGGCCAUCAGAUGCCGACAUUGACAGCGAAGCAUCUCAGAUCGCGUGGCAGAAUGGGGUCUUGUAUUCCAAUGGCAACCUCGCCAUCCGCCAUCUUGGCGUUCCUACUAUAUCGGUUCCAAUGGGCAUGAUGGAGGACACUAAUAUGCCAGUUAAUAUCACCUUUGCUGGGAGAGCCUACGAUGACAACAGUCUCCUGGAAUUGGGGUACGCUUUUGAAGCAGCCACCCAGCACCGUCAGAUGCCACCGCUGGUGCCAGCUCUCGAUUCCGAUAUGGUUAGAAGCAACAUCAUCGCCACUGGGCCUAAUUAUAUAGAUCGUGCGACAGAAAAGAAAAUGCCUGCUAUCAAGGUUAUUGUGAAAGAUAAGAAAUUCGAUGGGUCUACAAUUCACCUGCGGGCCGAGGGUGUGGUGACGGAUACUAUAGGGGCCCCAACCGCAGCGGAUUUUACUUGCUACAUUAAUGGUGAAGCUCACAGUGUUAAUAUUGACGGUCAGAAGUGGGAUAUUCACCUAUCUCGUCCAUUAUCUAGCCGGGAAUCUCCUUGGACUCGUUGGACGAGUCCGGCUUUGGUGCAAACUGUCAUCGUUGUGAUUUACCGGGCGGCUACUGGCUGUGUCGCCGGUGAGUUGAUCAUACUGUAG